ACCUGAGUGCUAGAAAAAGGUCUGAAACCUAAAGCACAGCUGUAAAGCUCAGGACAAUGUCCUGUAGUGACUGAAAAUAGCAGAAAGCAGGUGGUGAGAAUGGGAAACUUCUGCAUUACCACGUCAGGUGAAGAAGACCUACACAGCCAUCACACGAGGGGUCUAACAGAUAUGAGGAGAAAUGGAAAAUCUGCAAAAGAGGAAACAAAUCCAGGGAACAAGGAAAGUCUCCUACUGGACACAGUAAAAAGCAGCUGUGAGGAAGAUGCAGGAGGGGCUUCCAGUGCCCCUCUCACCAUGAAGCCUGCUAAAGUAGUCCGAAAAGAGGCACAGAACCCCCCUCCCAAACCCACAGACCAAACCAAGACCACCAGAGCAGAGCAGGGUCCUGACUCUACUGCUCACAGUCGCACCAAGAGACCCAGGAGGGGUCAGAGAUCAACUCUGGAGAAUCCCGGUCAAACACAACAACAAUCAGCUGGUAACCUGAAUCCCAGCCAGCCUAAUGGAGAAACCAGAGAGAUGACCUCCGACAUGAAACCAACACCUGAGGCAGAAGCCACACGUUCGAGUCACGAUCAUCAGCUUUCCCAGCAGCAGUGUCCGGCAGGGUUAUCAGGUGCUGAGGAUGAAAACAGUGAAUUAGACCUGUACAGAACAGCAGAGGAAAUAGAACAAGAACGCCAAGAGAAGCACCAGUUAUACAAAGCUUCCUUAGUGCCUGAUUCAGAAGACCAAUACAGUGUGGCAGCUCCUGAGUGUCUGCUCUCCUACAGCCAGAGAGAAUGGAGGGGCAACACCUCCAAAAGCCGACUUAUCAAAAAGGGCUAUGAAGCAAUAGGUGAGAAGUUUGAGAGUCUGCGCAGAGUGAGAGGAGAUAACUACUGUGCUCUGAGGGCGACCCUGUUCCAGAUCCUCAGCCAGUCCCAAAAGCUUCCUGACUGGCUCAAGGACUCUGAAGUCUUUCAGUGGCCAAAACAAAUGCAGACUGUGCAGGAGUUAGUGGAUCAGUGGAAGUUUCCACCUGUCUGCAAAAAGGAAGGAAGAGCAGUGGAGCAUCUGGAGAGCUGUCUGAAUCUUCUGAAAACGAGGUGGCAGGAGGCCGUGCAGUGUGAGAGUCCUGCUGAAAGGGAGUCCGUGUGCCAGAAGGUAUUUGUGGGUCAAAGUGAGGAAUAUGAGCUGCUGGAAGCUCUGAAAUUCCUGAUGCUGAAAACAGCGGUCCAGCUGCACUCGAAUAUGGAGAAGGGCUCUGAUGUUCCUGAGUUCUGCUGGCUCCUGUUCGCCCGAGACACAUCCAAAUGCCCAAAGAGCUUCCUCACCAAUCAUCUCAGACAUGUGGGCUUCAGCGGAGGACUGGAACAGGUGGAGAUGUUUCUGCUGGGGUAUUCACUGCAACAGACAAUCCAGGUGUACCGUCUCUACAAGACCGACACCGAAGAGUUCAUCACCUAUUACCCAGAUGACCACAGAACACUCUGGCCCAACCUCAGCCUAGUCACAGAAGAUGAUCGGCAUUAUAACGUACCUGUGCCCAAACUGCAGGCCUCUAAAUUUGACGAGAUGGGCAGACCUAAAUGGAACGUCCCCUCAGGCGUUCAGAGCCAGGAAAGACGGGCUGCACCUCACUAAAGAAAGCUGGAUACAAUCACGCAUGUCCUCAGGAGCUGGAUUUAUACCUUCAUUUUUUUAUAUAUUUGUUUGUGUCCAUUCAGGCAACUCUGUUGGAGGUACAGUUCAAUGUUUAGUGAUUAGUGUUUUAAAUAUAUGUAUUUUUUAAUUGUACGGUUUAUGUUUUAUGGUUUUCAAUCUGCUUUGUUUUUUUAUUUUUUAUUUAAUUGCAAUAAACAGCUGGAGAUUUGAUUAUCUGCACUUUCUUGCACAGGUAUAAUGGUGUACAAUGUCUCACAGGACAGAAGCACAAUUGUAUUACAAUUAUAGAUAAUCAGAAUUGUAUUUAAAUGAUGCAAAUAUGAAAUAAAAAUAAUAAUGUUAAACAUUAAAUUAAAUUGACAUUUUCACUUAUUGUUUUGCAGUUUUGUGCAAUCAAAUGAUUAAAAUGUAAACAUGUAAUGUUUUUCAGAGUGGUUUAGUGUGAUAAAUAAUAGUUAAAUUGAAGAUAAACAUGUCAGGGUUGACAUGUCACAAAUGUAAAACCCACCCAUAACCUAUGAGUGCUUUAUAAAUUGUAUUAUGUUUGUCGAUGUCAGAUUAACCAAAUAUAUUUUAUCUUCUUUUUUGUUAUCGUUUUUCUGCUUUUCACUUUUUAACAAUGUUAAUCUGGCUGUCGUUCUUUACGUUCUAUCCAAACUUUAUUAUGAAUGGACCAAUAGGAUUUUUUUUAACUUAACUUGCUUACUUACAGCUUUUUAUUAUUAUUAUUAUUAUUAUUAUUAUUAUUAUUGAAUUAAAUUUAUUGUCAUUAUACUGAUACAGGGUUGUACAGUAAAACGAAACACUAUUAGGCUAGAUCUCCAGUGCAGACAAAAAAAAUAUUAUUAAAAAAUAUUAUUAUUAUUAUUAUUAUUAUUAUUAUUAUUAUUAUACUAUUAUUACACCUUAAAACACCCUGCAUGUCUCCUUUCACCAUGGAUGUUUUUUUUAUGAGUUUCAUGCUAAAACUCUUGUAAAGCAGUAACAUAGUCAUCAGUAUAAUCAUAUAAUAGCUUCCUGUGACGGGUCAGUUAACAGCUGCAUUAAACUGUUUCACCUUCACUUCACACCAAACCACUCUGAAUUAUUUCUGAAUUACAUCUUAAUGAUUCAAUUAUACUGCUGUAUGUGUCUGGAAACGUAUGGAUUCGUAAAAUCUGGAAAUAUCUCUGUUUAGAAGGUCCUGUCUGUUGUAAAGCCCUUGCUGGUGUAUGUGGUGGGCAGACACUGCUGGAAAGUGAAAAAUAAAAGAUAAACUGAA